AUGUCGAGCCCUCCAACCCCCAAAACCUCUUUCACUCCCCCCUCAUUCGCCAAACUACCCAGCGAUGAACCACCCGGCAGAAUCCCCUGCACCUUCGCCAGCUGUAAAUUCUUCUUUCAAAAUACCGCCGCAAUGAAGAGACACAAAUCAACAUCCCCCGACCACGAGUACUGCGAGAAAUGCGAUCUAGACUGCGAGACCGAAGACCAGCUGCUCAUCCACAAGAUCAAGAGCAACAAGCACAUCGUCUGCCCAGUCUGUGGAAUCGAGUUUGGAAGUGAGGGUGGUCGGGAUAGACAUAUCCGCCUGAACCACCGCACCGCCCAAACCCUCACCUGCCCCGGAUGCAACGAGACCUUCCGCAGUGCCGCAGGCAUGGUCCGCCACGUCGAGAACGGCGAUUGCACGGCCAUCAGCCAGAAACGACUCCUGCUCGAACAGUCAAAGAAGCUCAUGCGGAAGGAGGCGCUGGAGAUAGCAGAGGCGUGUAUGGCCGCGUCUAUGACCCCGUCUAUUGUUGACGUGGACGAGGACGGCGACGGCGGCGGCGUUGCGCUUCCGAUGACUAUAGGCGAAAGUAACCGCGAAGCGAUGGCGAAUCAACCCGGUGGAGUGGCUGGUAGCCUUAUUGAUGAACAUUGGCCUGGGCUCCCUGGGACUGAAGAGACGGCGUUAGAUGAAAUAAUGGGUGUGAUGGCGCUUAAGGAUGCUGCGAAGAAAACUGCUAAGGACAGCGACAAGGAAAAUGAGAGGUGGAAAGGAAAGGGCCGCGAGCACUCUGGUGCGUCAGGUGCUGGGUCUGGGUCCGCGGGUGGUUCUGUCUCUGCGUCGAGCGUGGGUGCUACAUCCGGAUCAAUCGGGCCUCCUGAUAUGGCUCUUGUGCUGCGGAGGAUUUACAAGGACUUCGAUGCAGCGAAUUUCCUUGACGGGUUCACUGGCGAGUAUGUCUGUCCGUGCGGGAGGCGUUGCUCGACAAAAAAAGGGUUCGAAAAGCAUGUGCUCGCGAAGAGUCAGGGCUCGCGUCGGAUGGAGUCCUUCAAUUCGACCUCCGCGCUUGUCGCCCACUGGGAAUCUGCGACCCUGCGCUGUGACAUUAAGGACGGCAACUCGUAUGGCCAGAUCAUGGAUGAGGUUAGUGGCGGCCUGGUCCAGAUUGCGGGAUUCAACGACGAUGGAACUGUCAAGUACGAGGCGGGCAAGCUGGAACUGCAAAAGAAGAUCACCGUUGGCGUUGACUUGGAGAAGUUCGGCUGGUGA